AUGAACGAAUUAAUCACGAGAGCAUUGGAAAAGCAUUUAUUGGACAAUCGAGAAGACGAGUAUUGUCUUGUACAGUUGUUACCCAACGGAGGUGAAUUUCUGCUCCCUGAUAAAUGUAAUCCCUAUUACGCGAUGGCACCUGAUCCAUCAUCUCCAAUGCUCAACCUUCUCUUACGAAAGCGUAAAGAUGGUAUGAAAGGAGACGGUACGUCACCGUACGUUGGGCCAUCAACGAAAAAGUUAAACAAAAUGAAACGAUCGAACCUUCUUAGGUGGAGCAGCGGUUAUCUGUAA